GAAACCGCCCGUUAAAGGAAGACAGAAGAAGAAGCGCUUUGUGUCUUUCCGGUUAGCAGAAAUGGCUCAAGGUUCUCAAAAGUUUAAAGCUCAGCGGCCAGGAGCCUCCAAGAAACACCAUCAAAACAAAAACAAAGGACCGAAGAAAGGAGGGAGGGUCAUUGCGCCUAAGAAGACUCAAGUGGUUCAGCAACAGAAACUGAAGAAGGGUCUCGAAGUUGCCAUCAGGAACAAGAUUGAGCAGGAGGUGACCCAGAAGGCCAGCUCCUCCCUUCACAAGCCGCUGAGUGUGGUUAAAGGGCCUGAGGGUAAAGGCAACCGAGGAGCAGCCCAUCCAGGAACCAGCUGCAAAUAGGACUGGACACACCUACAGACCUGAGUCUGAGGGUGCUACACAAAGGACUGAGUUGAAGUGUCAGUGAGCUACAUUUAAUUUCAAAUGUCACCUAUCCUGUUCCCAAAUAUAUUAGCUGACUUCAGGUAUGUAGAAAUAAUCAGAACUAUUCUUCAGUUCACUGUAUUCAUUCCACUUCAGCUGUAAGAAUGUUCACAUAUAAGGAGCAGGGUCUAUAAAGAUGAUGUUAACAUAGCAGCAGAAAAAGUAUAAGGCAAAGGAUUUCAGCAUUCAACUAAAAUAUAAAUCUUGCAACCAUCACUGUCAAGAAUCCUUUGAGAUAUGUUCAACACACUUUGCAAGUGUAAAUUCCAGCCAUCACUGCUCAUUUCUUUCAAUAUCUAAUUGUAUUGAAACAGUCUGUUGUGAGCAGGAAAUACAGCGUGGACAAAUGAAUCCAUCCAGAUCAUGUGCAGACUGGCAGUAAGUCUGAUCUGAGUUUUUCCAGACUUAAAUGAAAUUUGCAUGUAUCAAGUCUGCCAAAACCCAUUUAUUUCAAAUUAAACUGAUCAAAUGUAAGUGACAAAGAAAAAACAAAUCAAAUGUGAGAAAUGACAAGUGGGUUUUCUGAUUAGGGUUAUACAAACUGUUAAUCCCCAUACACUUUCCAUUAGCUAUUUGUAUGUAGAAUUUUUGUAAAUGCUGUAUUUUUUUUUUUGAAUGGCAUAUUUGAAUUAAAGGUUAUUUCAUUGUUA